AUGAUAAAAUCAUUGGCAUCGUUUGUGAAGUUAGUAAACAAAAAUAAUGUGUUUUUGGAACAAGUUAGAUAUGCGUCACAAGCACUGCCACAGUUAUCUUCGGAAAAAUACAACAUUCAUAGAAAAGACUUCGGUAGAAUCGAGUCAUCAGAUGUAGAUUACUUCCGAUCCGUACUUGGCCAAGAUCGAGUGCUGACUGAAGAAAGCGAUGUUUUACCUUACAAUGUAGAUUGGAUUAAAAAUUGCAGAGGUCAAUCAAAAGCUGUCCUAAAACCGAAAAGUACAGAAGAGGUUUCAACGAUACUUAAGUAUUGCAACGAGAGAAAACUGGCAGUAUGCCCGCAGGGUGGCAACACUGGGCUCGUUGGUGGGUCUGUGCCCGUAUUCGACGAAAUUGUGAUAAGUUUUUCAUUGAUGAACAAAAUCAUCGACCUCGAUGAUCUUUCAGGAGCCUUAGUCUGUGAAGCUGGUUGUGUUCUUGAGAAUUUAGACAACUAUGUUCGCGAACGAGGUCUUAUAAUGCCUUUGGAUUUAGGCGCAAAAGGGACAUGCCACAUUGGUGGGAAUGCCAGCACCAAUGCAGGUGGAUUGAGGUUACUGCGAUAUGGUAACCUGCAUGGAUCCAUUUUGGGUGUUGAAGCUGUAAAAGCUGACGGCACAGUCAUAGAUUGUCUCAGAUCUCUAAAAAAAGAUAACACUGGAUAUCAUUUGAAACAUCUCUUCAUAGGAUCUGAAGGGACCUUAGGGCUGGUUACCAAAGUUGCUAUACACUGCCCUGUACUUCCUAAGUCUGUUAAUUUGGGUUUCUUUGGUGUGAAAAACUUCGGGAAUGUGCUAAAAUUAUACAAGAGUGCCAAAUCUAAGUUGGGUGAAAUCUUAUCGGCUUUUGAAAUGGCCGAUUUUGACUCGAUAAACUUCACUGCUAAAAAUCUUAAGCUACCAAACCCUAUCUCAGAUUAUCCAUUUUACGUAUUGGUAGAAACACAUGGAAGUGAAGAAACUCAUGACGGUGAGAAAUUGACGAGGUUCCUAACAAAUGAGAUGGAGUCGGGGCUUAUUUUGGACGGAACAGUCACUUCGGAGCCCGCUAAGAUGCAGACAAUCUGGAACCUACGUGAAAGCAUAGCAGCAGCGGGGUUAGUCGGUGGUUAUGUAUUUAAAUAUGAUGUGUCUAUACCGUUAAAGAAUUUUUACGAUCUGGUGCCCAUAUUGAAAAAGAGACUUGGAGAUAAGGCUACAAAAGUUUUCGGAUACGGACACGUGGGUGACGGAAACAUACACAUCAAUGUAACGGUACCACAAUAUAACAAAGAAGUGUCAUCUAUGCUAGAACCCUUCAUCUUUGAAGAGGUUAGCAAACUGAACGGCUCCAUCAGUGCAGAACACGGCAUCGGCUUCAGAAAACCCAAGUACAUACAUUACAGCAAGGACCAAUCCGCGUUAGGACUAAUGAAGGACCUCAAACAGCUGAUGGACCCUAAUGGAAUACUUAACCCUUACAAGGUCUUGCCUGAUCAUAUUUAG